UUCACUUUAGAAACCGUACUAACGUUGAACUGAUCAGAAAAACCAUGAAUAGCUCAAGAGAUAGAAAGGUUCUGUUUAAAGUGAUCUGUUUAGGGUUAACUGGAAUGUUUCUAACAAUCUCUGUGACAGGAGAAAAGUGUGACGUUUCACCUUAUGACUUGAACGACAUGUUAGAUGCUUUACCUACAACAGUGUGGGGAAUGGUGAACCUGGUUAAAGAAAAGUUGAAAGGAACACUUCCGCUACCCGAAAGCAAGAGAUGCAUCAACGAAACAAUGUUUACAGACUGUGCAGAUUUAAGGCGUAGAGGCUAUGUUGAGAGUAACCGGGUAUACUCAAUCUGGCCACGGUUCUUCAACGAACCAGUUAAUGUUGUAUGUGACAUGGACACAGAAGGUGGUGGGUGGACGAUAAUCCAACGCCGCGGAUACUAUAACGAGAAACCUCAGGAUUUCAAUCAAUCUUGGUAUCAGUACAGCGUGGGCUUUGGAUCACUGAACGAAGAUUUUUGGCUUG